CCCCGCAGUACAACGCAUAACAGGGGAAGGACACAAGCCCCUCGUAGGAGAGAAAAACCUGGAUGGCUUGAUAUUAGAGCGGGGGGGCUUUCUUUUAAUAAAGAGAAAACGAAGGAAAAGCUCUCGAAAUAAACGACAACUUCAACAACAGAGGACCUAAAAUCACAACUGAAGGUUUGAGAGGUUCCCUCCUGUUCCAGUGGCAAAAUGAGCUGGAGCUUCCUCACACGUCUGUUGGAUGAGAUUUCCAAUCACUCCACCUUCGUAGGCAAAAUCUGGCUCACCCUCCUCAUCGUCUUUCGCAUCGUGCUGACAGCGGUCGGGGGCGAGUCAAUCUACUACGAUGAACAGAGUAAAUUUGUGUGCAACACACAGCAACCUGGUUGUGAAAACGUGUGCUACGACGCAUUCGCGCCGCUGUCGCACAUUCGCUUCUGGGUCUUUCAGGUGAUUAUGAUCACCACCCCCACCAUCAUGUACCUGGGCUUUGCUAUGCAUAAGAUCGCCCGCAUGGAGGACGAUGACUACCGGCCCCGGGGCAGGAAGAGGAUGCCUAUAGUGAGUCGUGGUGCCAACCGGGACUAUGAAGAGGCAGAGGAUAACGGGGAGGAGGACCCCAUGAUCCUGGAGGAGAUUGAGCACGAAAAGGAAAAGGAAGUUGUGGAGAAGCCCAGCAAAAAGCACGAUGGACGCCGUCGCAUCAAGAGAGAUGGCCUGAUGAAAGUCUACGUGUUCCAGCUGCUAUCACGUGCCAUCUUUGAGGCCUCGUUCCUCUUCGGACAGUACAUCCUUUAUGGGCUGGAGGUGGCACCAUCGUAUGUAUGCACGCGCUCUCCUUGCCCGCACACAGUGGAUUGCUUCGUCUCGCGCCCCACAGAGAAAACAAUCUUCCUGCUCAUUAUGUACGCCGUCAGCGCCUUGUGUCUGCUCUUCACCAUGUUGGAGAUCCUCCACCUCGGCAUCAGCGGUAUUCGUGACUGCUUUUGUGCACCGCGGCCCCAGCCUCCCACCCCCCGUCACCCAGCUCUGGCCAGCCAGAGGUCCUCCAUCUGCCGCCAGCCCUCUGCGCCUCCAGGCUACCACACAGCUCUGAAGAAGGACCCAACAGGAAAAAUGGGCUUUAGGGAUAACUUGGGAGACUCAGGCCGCGAGUCGUUUGGGGAUGAGGCCUCAUCGCGGGAGCUGGAGAGGCUGCGCAGACACCUAAAACUGGCCCAGCAGCAUCUGGACAUGGCUUACCAGAAUGAGGAGAACAGCCCGUCACGCAGCAGCAGCCCAGAGUCGAACGGUACCGCAGUCGAGCAGAACAGACUAAACUUCGCCCAGGAGAAGCAGAGCAGUACGUGUGAGAAAGGUCUCCGUGCGUAGGUCGUCACCAGCAGAUCAGUUCACAUCAGGAGCAGUGAGCGCACAUAAGGGAAUCAAACAAAGAGUGUGUGUAUAUGUGUGUGUGUGUGACGUCAUGAAUUUGCUUGAGGUGGAUGAAGUCAGCCCAAGCCUUCCAGUGUUACGGCCGGCUGUGGUCGAACGUCGAGUCGAACGAGGAGGAGAAUGGUCGUCUCAACCCAGCAAUACUUGAGACACCAGCCUGUCUGAAGAUCCAAAGUGCUUACAAACGACCGUUGUGCAACAAGAACGGUUAAGGUUAACUCGUACUUCUCCCUCAGGGCAGCUAUUCAUUUUUGUUAUUUUUAUUAUGAGACUUAGACCUAUUAGUUCUUUUUAAGAGUUUUUUUUCUCUGUUGGAAGUUCACAGUGAGUGCAUCUCAAGUUUGCCUUAGACCUAAACUGGAACUCCAUAUUAUGGCAUUUUGUCAAGGCAAGGCCAAGCCAAUUGUAGUGGAAAAAAAAAAAAAAAAAAAACCAUGCUUAAACUGUAAGAGUUGAAUCUCGUCAAACAAAAGGUCAUUGGACGAGGCACCACUCAUAAAAGAAAGGUACUAGAUUUAUUGUCAUGCUGAUGAAGACUUUUUUUUUUUUUUUUUUUUAAGGUGUUUUCAUACAAAGAUUAUUUCGAGUGUGUCUCAUUUUUUAGUUUUUUUUCCUCUCCACGAUGUUGGCACUGGACCAGUCAACAUUCCCAAGUCUGGUGCCUGGCAUUGUAACUGGAACACACUUGGGGUGCCUUUGUCCAAAGGAGUAAACAAACCUGGGUAAUGCUUGAAAAACAUGUAACUCUUGAUAUUGUCUUGUAUUGUUUUAAACUUGUAUUUGAUACUGUUCUUUAUUUUUGUAUUAGUUUAGAGUAUUGUGGUAUUGAAAAGAGGCUCUCAUCACUGUGGCCAACAUUUUAUAAUUUCUUUAUUUUUUAUUAUUAAUUAUUUUCAAAGAAUGACAUUCACAGCUGUUUUAGCCCCCCAGAGCCUGAUUCAAUCCAUGGACUAGUGAAUUCUCAAAGUAGGUCGGUACAACUCAUUUCAGCUGCAACAGCUUUUUUUUUUUUUUUUUUUUGUAAAAACAUUCUUGUAAAACUGAGUAACCUGCAGCUUCUUGUAAUGGGUGCACAUCAUCUUUGACCAACAGAUGUUUUUUUUUUUCAGUAUGGACCCAAAUUAUAAUUGUAUCUGUUGGUUAAAUAAGGGAUAAUACUGAAUGUCAUGUUAAUGUUCCAUGUCUGAAAGUGAAGCUGAUUUUUGGAUUAAUGUUAUGACUGUUCCAGUCUCAAUGAGGGUUGUAAAUGAUAUAAUCAUUUCAAUGUGAAUUCAGUGGCUUGAAUGCUCUCUACUAAGAUGCCAUCUUUUGUAUUCUGAAUCAUACCCACAGUGCCAUCAGUGCCAACUCAAAUAUUUUCAUCUCAAGUUAUUUUUGAGCAAUGCUUUUUGUACUUUUUAUACUUUUUGUAUUGAUAGUACUUUGUGGUUAGUUUUUAAAAUAAAUUUUUUUCAACAAAUACCA